AUGAAGCAUGUUGAAGGAAAGACUGUAAAGGCUCAGAUAUGGGACACUGCAGGGCAAGAGCGGUACAGAGUCAUCACAAGCGCUUAUUACAGAGCUGCAUUAGGUGGAUUUCUUGUCUAUGACAUCACCAAAAGACAGACUUUUGACAAUGCAUUAAGGUGGCUACGCGAACUAAGAGACCAUGCGGAUUCCAACAUUGUGAUCAUGAUGGCUGGUAACAAAUCCGAUCUAAAUCACUUGAGAUCGGUUGCUGAGGUAGACGAUCAGAAUCUAGCAGAGGCAGAAGGUCUUUCUUUUUUGGAGACGUCUGCUCUUGAGUCUUGA